AUGACUGUGUGGAGAGCGGUCGAGAGUGGUGAGUUGGUCGUGAGCGAGGAGCUCUCGUCCUUGAGAAAGAUGUAUGAUGUGGGUUUUGAGCUUGGAAAGGGAGGGCAAGGUACUGUACACCUUGUAAGCUUUAGAAUGGGUGGUAAGUUGCUAGCGGCUAAGAGCUUCGAGAGAUCGGGUGAGAGAGAGAAGGAAAUCAUGCUCAAACUCAAUGGCUGCCAUGGUACACUAGAGAUCUACGACAUGGUCGAGGAGGAGCUCAAGGGCCGCUGGUGGGGAUCCCUAAUCUUGGAGCUCUGCUCGUGCACGCUCCGGGACAGGCUAAAGAUGGUGGGGAGGCUGGCGGAUGAAGAGGCGGCGUUUGUGACCAAGAGCCUGGCCGAGACGCUGAGGGAGAUGCACAACCUUGGGGUGGUGCACAGGGAUAUGAAGCUGGAAAACGUUUUGCUGACGCAUCCAGCGCAACCUUACGAGGUGAAGCUGUCUGACUUUGGGGUUGCGACUGACCGGGCAGACGAGAUGCACCACCUUUGUGGCACCCCUGGGUAUAUGUCGCCAGAUGUUCUCAGGGCUGGUGAGGGCGGAUGGCCGAAAUACUACACUCAAGCGGUGGACGUCUGGGGGCUCGGACUCAUUCUAUAUGAGCUUGUUAGCGGAAGGGUGGCGUUCCCUGAAUACCACUCUGAUUAUGUGGAGUCAUUGUUGAAAAGCGUGGACAAUGUGGAGUUUGCAUUGGAUUGGAGUGAUGUGUCGAGUGAGGCAAAGGAUUUGAUCAUGGGGAUGUUGGAGGUUUAUCCAAGCCGGAGGCUGACGGUAGAGCAAGUGCUUGAAGCUAAUGCUGCCCCCAACAAAGAAGCAUUGAAGUUUGCCAAAUUGCUGAUUACGCCUUUCACUUUUGUGGCUUCUACAUGCCUCCAGUCAGGGAUCUCCCUCAUCAAAGAGAAUGCCACACCAGUGGAAAAGGGCCGUUGCUUCCACUUCCUUCUCGCUUCAACCAUCUCAGCAUUUGGAUUGGCAAGGUGUCUAAUAGCGAUCGGUGAGAACGAACAAGGAAACGCUUCUGAGGUCAAAAAGCUCGUGAUCUCUAUUUGGAUGAUCUUCUUGGUGAGCUUGUCCGUGAUGAUGACACCACUCUUUUUCAGCCUCCUCUAUGUUGUCUACGACUUUAGCGACGCGAAGGCAUCGUGGUCGACCAUGGGUGCGUGUUUUCUCGUCGGCAUUCUAAUCCUCGUUGGUUCCUACGUGAAAAAGCUGAUGAGGAUUCCUCUGAGGGGCACUUAUAUCACGCUCCUGAUCAUCAUCGCUGCUAAUUCGUAUGGUUACACCCUAUACAAGAAGUGA